AUGUUGCAGCGUCGGCCAACGGCUGCUGACAUUUCGCUUGCUAGUGUCGACCUUCUGGGAUUUGCCCGAGGGUUGCAGUCUGGCAUCAUGACACCGGAGCAAGUCCUGUUGCUUCUGGACAUCCACGCCUCCGAAACAUCUUCACGCACGUGGAACCCUGUCUCUCGACACCAUCGUCAGGAAGAAUCUAUACAAAGGUAA